CGGCCGCACGCCGUUGCACUGGGCCGCGAGAAACGGCAGGCUGGAGACGUGUCGAUGGCUUCUCCAGGCGCGUUCUAUCUCACACUGGUCCCCAUACGACCCCGUUCGCGAGGUGGACGCUGAUCCUUAAGGACUUUUCUUCCCGGCGCAUCUCUCCGCCCGCCCCUCGGUUUCAACGCCCGCCCUCGACGCCUUUCAACUCCAACUGACGCCUAUGAACUCCACCCCGACAUCGCUUUGUAUGGAACGACCCUCAGCGCGGCGCCGACGCGUCCGCGAAAACCUACGACGGCGACGGCGCGUUCAACCUCGCGGUGUGGCGCGGGCACGUGGACGUCGCGUCGUGGCUCGCGUCUCUGCCCGGCGUGGACGUGCGGGCGACGAACCGGUGGGGAUGCAACGCGGUUUUGUGGGCGUGCAUUCAGCACGACCCGCGCGGCGGCGGCGGCGGCGGCGGCGGGCGUCUGAUUCGCGCGAAGACGAAGAAGACCGAGGGCGAAGCCGAUACCGAAACGGCCGCUCACAGUCCAUUACAUACGGUGAAGUGGCUCAUCGAGACCUUACGCGUCCGCGCUGACGUCGUGAACGUGAACGGGCACAGCGCGAUACACAAGUGCGCGAUAUACGGCCACGGGGACGUCAUCGCUUAUCUCCUCUCGGAGACGAGCUGCCGCGAAGCGAAGCACAUGGGCAGGGACGACCGCGGGAGCACGCCGAGCGACCUCGCCGCGCAGAACGGGUUCGACGAGCUCGCCGCGCAGUUGAGAGAGAUCGAGGACGAGACGAUGAGGCUGCCGGUGGUUUUUGACGGCGGCGGACGCGGCGGCGAGGCGUGACCGGCGAACGGACGCGGAUCUACGAGUUACCUUCUUUCGAUUUUUUUAUCACAGACCAGACGCGAGCGCGACGCCGCGCCGUCUCCACUGGUCCAUCACGUUUACGUUUCGCUCCUUCGCGCUCGCUGCACGCGUCUCCUCACGUCCGCACCGACGCGGUCGAGCUCCGCUCUCGUCUCCCCGCUCAUGACGUCCUCGUCCCCCCACCUCCCGCCGCCGCCGUCGCCGCCGUCGCGCUUCUUCUCCCCCCGCCCGCGUCGCCGCCCCGCCUCGGCCACGGCGCGCCGCACCGCCUUCUCCGCCGCUUUGCGCUUUCUCUCCACCGCGACGACGUCGCCGCUCC